AUGUGUAUAAGAGACAGCACGACNAACGACAUUGUCAAGCUCAAGUCCCCACCUCCCAAACCCGCCAGGGCGCCAGUCCCCGCCCCCGUCCCCACCCCUCCUGCUGCCGCCCCCCAGCAGGAGGGGCAAGUCUCCCUCGUGGACGUGUUCGUCAGCAGCUUCGCUGGGGAGCACAACCUGCUCCUGCAGGCGCAGUACGAACAGGUCAACCCUGAGCCUCCUGCCAUCCUGCCACACGCCUUCCUGCAACCCAGAUCGCUCCCUGCCACGCCUACUGCAGGAGGCCGACAAGACGCCCUCGUCAAGAAGGUGGGGGAGCUGGCCGCCCCCCAGGAGGGGGAGCAGGCGCCUCCCCAGCAGGAGAAGCCCCUGCCCCCGCUGUGCACGGGCACGCAGCGCCUGCUGCUGCAGGUGCUGGCAGACGCUUACCACCUGCAGCAUCAGGAGCUCAGCCGCCUCACACACGCUGCUGCUGCUAGACAGGGUGCGGUGGAGCCACCGCCUGCAGAGGCUGACAAGGAGGGCGGCAGGGAGACAGCGUCGCAACUGCAGCAGCAGCGCAGAGAACUCUGCCGGUCCCUGGAGCAUCUCGUGCUACGGCUGCACCACCUCAAGGUCUGCUCAUAG